AUGACCCGCCGGCUUUGCGCGCUGGCCACGUCCCAGCUGCUGGUGCACGUCCGUGGGUCGGCGGGCGAGGCGUUGGCGACUCCGCUAAUGUACGCCGCAAAGCACGGCUACAGGGAGGCGGUGCAGGCCCUGCUGGACCACCGGGCCGAGGUGGAGACGGAGGAUGAGGACGGAUUCACGCCGCUGAUGUGGGCCGCCAGGUUUGGGCACCCAGAGGUGGUGGAGAUUCUGCUGGAGCACGGGGCCCGAGUGGAGGCCCAAAAUCCAAGCGGCUGGACCUCGCUGAGCCUGGCAGUGACCUUCGACCAUCCGGAGGUGGUCCAUGCCCUUCUUCGGGCCGACGCCCUGGACGACCCCUGGGUCGUAGACGCCCACACCGGCGCGCCUCUCUGGACGGAGAUUCACAACGAAACCUUGCGGAGCUGGUGGCAGGCGCAGAUGAGCACUUCAAGCCUGGCCUUGCAGAGCCUCCGGCGCUGGGAGACCUACGCCGCCUUCGGCGGCGGCAUGGCGGCGGCCGCCGCCUUCGUCGCGGCGCAGCGCGGCAUCGACCCGGAGCAUGCCCACCACCCUUUCUUGGAGGAUGACUUCCACCAGGGGGCGCGGCUCAUGGUGGCCAAGGCACUCCAGCCGACCACCCGGUCCGCGCUGCUCAAGGCAUUCCGGGUCCUCGAGGUCUACAGCAACGUGGUGUUCGUUUUUGGCACGAUGAUGCUGCAGAAGUGGUGGGUCUUCUUUUUGCCAGUGACCUUUGCGGCCUAUUGGGGCCCUGCUGUGUGUCAGUGGCCCCUGUCCAAGUUGCAUCGGAGCCCAGCGCUGGCCUUUGCCGUGCGGGGCCCGGGCAGUGUCGUCUUCGCCCUCCUCCGCCUGGCGGCGCUGUUUGGACUCUGGAUUAGCAGCUGGGCCCCCGCAAACCCCCUCCUCGGGCAGGUGAUGCUGAAGUGGAGCUCGGCAUGGGCGGAGCAGUCCCUGCUCCAGGAGUUGCCGGUCGACAGGGUGAACCUCAGCAGUGCGCAGGAUGUCCUCUCCCCGCUCCAUCUCAACGCCACAGCAACGCAAGGGACCGCGGCUACGUUCUUGGGGAGUUUGGACCUCUACUUCUUCAUGACCUUCUUCCUUUAUCUGACGAUCGUGCUCCUGGCCGCCUAUGUCGCCUCGCUCCUGUGCCAUCUGGUCAAAACUGCCAGGCAGCACACCCUUCACUCGCAGGCUGCGGUGGAGUCCUUAGCCUCGGACAGCGAAACGGCCGACAUGGUCCGCCGCGUGCUUGGAGAAAGCCCGGACGAUGACGAAUGGCCAGAGGAGGUGGUGCCGGAGGAGGCCUGCAACAUGAGCCUGGACAGCGUCUACGCCAGGAUGUGCCUGUACCUCAUGGACAUGCUUCUGGAUUUGAAUACCAUCUACACGUUGACCGCCUCGAGAAACUUCAAGUUCGCCUUCGCACUGACGGCCAUCGUCUUCCGUACAGUCUUUCAGGAGCUCUUCUAUGGCAGCCCUGGGCGGAUCCGAGAAGCUGUCGAAGCGAGCAUCGCCCGUGGCAUUCUACGAAAUGACCUCUUGAACCUCCUCAAUGAAGAGAAGGGGUUCGAGGGCGUGUUCAGCUUGGCUUUGACCUCAUACAGCUUCAACUACUGCGUUCUGACUCCCAGUCAGGGCCUGACCCAGCUCUUCAGCAUUGCGCUCAGUGCAUACGGCGUCGCCAGCUUCCUCUACGAGCAGGUCGACCUGAAUCUGGCGGAGGACCAGGAGCAUGCGGCCCAAGACGACGAGCCCAGUGUCGGCCCAGCUCCGUAA